AUUCUAGUGCUGUGCUCUCACUCGCAGAAGGCGGCGCUGAGCAGCUUUGUGGCCGCAAAGUAGUUUGAUGCUGGAAGUGUGACAGGGCCAUUACAAGCAGACCAGGAGGAACGACAUGGCACUAAACUUGACUAUCAACAGUAGCAACCCACCUCUAGGGGCGCUGUUGACUGCUGAGCAUGUGAAGGGCAGCGUCAAUCUCUCUGUGGAGGAGGGCAAAGACACCAUGCUCCAUGUCUCUGAUAAGGUGCAGUUCAGUGACGUGAACUCCAUCACGCGUUAUCUUGCCCGAGUGGCUCCGGCGUUGGGACUCUAUGGUUCUAACAUGAUGGAGCAAACUGAGGUUGAUCACUGGUUGGAGUUCAGUGCCCGUCGUCUCUGUGGUCAGUCAGAUCUCUCUUCUGCUCUGGGUGAUCUGGAUAAAGCUCUGGCACUGAGAACCUUCCUGGUGGGUCACAGUGUGACCCUGGCUGACCUCUGCGUCUGGGCUGCUCUCAAAGGAAAUGGCGAGUCACAGGCCAAGCCAAACUCCUACCCUCAUCUGUGCCGCUGGUUUUCGUUCCUGAGCUCUCAGGUGCCAUUCAGCUCAGUGGGCAGCAAAUGGGCCAGCAAGAUCUCUGCCAUCAAAGCCACUCCUGUGGAGAAGGAAAAAAAGCAGGAUUUGGGAAAGUUUGUGGAGCUCCCUGGUGCUGAGAUAGGCAAAGUAGUGGUGCGUUUCCCCCCUGAGGCUAGUGGAUACCUGCACAUCGGUCAUGCCAAGGCAGCUCUACUCAAUCAGCACUACCAGGUCAAUUUCAAGGGCAAGCUCAUCAUGCGUUUUGAUGACACCAAUCCUGAGAAAGAGAAAGAGGACUUUGAGAAGGUCAUCUUGGAGGACGUGGCCAUGCUACAGAUCAAACCGGACCAGUUCACCUACACAAGUGAUCACUUUCCCACCAUCCUGCGCAUGGGAGAGAAGCUUCUACAGGAGGGCAAGGCCUAUAUAGACGACACUCCUCCAGACGCCAUGAAACAAGAAAGAGAGCAAAGGGUGGAGUCUCGCAACCGCUGCAACUCUGUGGAGAAGAACAUACAGAUGUGGGAGGAAAUGAAGAAGGGCACAGAGUUUGGCCAGACCUGCUGCAUGAGAGCCAAGAUCGACAUGAAUUCCAACAACGGCUGCCUGCGUGACCCCACACUGUUCCGCUUCAAGAACGCUCCUCAUCCUCGCACCGGCAAUACUUACAAAGUGUAUCCCACAUAUGAUUUUGCGUGCCCCAUUGUGGACAGCGUUGAGGGGGUCACACAUGCCUUACGUACCACUGAGUAUCACGACAGAGACGAGCAGUUCUACUGGGUAAUAGAUGCCCUUGGUUUGCGUAAACCGUACAUCUGGGAAUACGCCAGACUCAAUCUUAACAACACUUUGCUCUCCAAGAGGAAGCUCACCUGGUUUGUCAACCAGGGCUAUGUGGAUGGCUGGGAUGACCCUCGUUUCCCCACAGUCAGAGGUGUGCUGCGUAGAGGAAUGACUGUCGAGGGACUCAAACAAUUUAUUUAUGCUCAGGGAGGCUCGAGAUCGGUAGUCAAUAUGGAGUGGGACAAGAUCUGGGCAUUCAACAAGAAGCUGCCAGUUAGCUGUAAAAAGGUCAUUGACCCAAUAGCCCCAAGAUACACUGCCCUACUAAGCUCGCAGUUUGUUCCAGUCUGCAUUUCUGAGGCCAAGGAGGAGAUGAAAGAGGUUGCCAAACAUCCCAAGAAUGCAGAUGUGGGAAUGAAGCAGGUGUGGUACGGGCCAAAGGUCCUUAUUGAGGGAGCUGAUGCAGAAACUUUCACAGAGGGUGAGACAGUCACCUUCAUCAACUGGGGAAACAUCAUAAUCACCAAAAUCCACAGGGAUGCCAGUGGAGCGAUCACGUCUCUGGAUGGUCAUCUGAACCUAGAGAACACUGAUUAUAAAAAGACUACUAAGAUCACCUGGCUCGCUGAAUCCAGCCGCGCUCCAUUCGUGCCCACUGUCUGCGUCAACUACCAGCACCUCAUUACCAAGCCGGUUUUGGGCAAGGAUGACGAUUUCAAGGAUUACAUCAACAAGAACAGCAAGAUAGAGGAGAAGAUGCUAGGAGAGCCUUGCCUGAAGGACUUGAAGAAAGGUGACAUCAUACAGCUGCAGAGACGAGGUUUCUAUAUCUGUGAUCAACCUUAUGAGCCAAUCAGCCCCCACAGCUGCAAGGAGAGUCCCUGUGUCUUGCUGUACAUCCCAGAUGGACACACAAAAGAGAUGCCCACUGCUGGCUCCAAGGACAAGAGCAAGAGCCAGACAGCUGCUAAACCUGUGAAGGCAGAGUCUGUUCCUCUGAGCAAAGCCAAGCAGGCUCCUGUGUCCAGCCCAGCGCCAGCCGCACCAGGAGACUCUUCCGUCCUGUACUCCAGCCUUGUGGCUCAGGGAGACCUGGUCAGGCAGCUCAAGACAGACAAGGCCCCUAAAGAGCAAGUGGACGCUGCUGUAAAGCAACUCUUGGCCUUGAAAUCUGAGUUUAAACAACUGACCGGACAGGAGUACAAACCUGGCAUGGCUCCACCCACAUCUGCUCCAGCACCGAAGAGCUCCGCCCCCACCGCUACAGCAGAAAGUCCAAGCCCUGCCUCCACCGGUUGUCCAUACACUCGUGUUGCUGAGCAGGGCGAGGUGGUUAGUAAACUGAAGGCUGAAAAAGCACCCAAGGAGCAAGUAGAUGCUGCAGUGAAACAGCUCUUGGCUCUUAAAGCUGAGUUUAAACAGCUCACUAGUCAAGAAUACAAACCAGGCAUGGCUCCUCCCACAGCAUCUCCCCCGCAGCCCGCCCCUUUACCUGACUCCUCCCCUGCUGCCAUAUAUGGGCGUGUGUCCGAACAGGGGGAGGUGGUCAGAAAGCUGAAAGCAGAAAAAGCACCAAACGACCAGAUUGAUGCUGCAGUGAAGCAGCUUUUGGCUCUGAAGGAAGAAUAUAAGCAGGUGAUAGGGCAGGACUACAAACCCAGAGUUCCCCCUGCUGGUGCAUCUCCAUUGACUCCAGUUCAGCCUGAUGCAGUGUCUGGCUCCUCUGACAGCUCUCCUAAGGCUAUUUAUGAUCGCAUCUCUCAACAGGGAGAACUUGUGAGGAAAUUGAAAACAGAAAAGGCACCCAAGGAUCAGAUAGAUGCUGCUGUGAAGGAGUUGCUCAGUCUUAAAGCCGAGUACAAGCAGCAAACUGGACAGGAAUACAAAGCAGGUGUGCCUCCAUCUUCAGGCCACGCCCCUGUACAAUCUAGCCCUGCCCCACCCCAAUUUAGCUCCUCCCAGCCUCAAUCCAGCUCCUCCCCUCAGGCUCAAGCACUGUUUGCAGACAUAGCCCAGCAGGGGGAGCAAGGGAGACGGCUUAAAGCAGAGAAAGCUCCUAAGGAGCAAGUUGAUAAAGCAGUGAAGACUCUGCUUGAACUGAAGGGUCAGUAUAAAGCCCUCACUGGUGAGGAGUACAAGCCUGUGACCACUCCAGGAUCCUCAGGGAACACAGGAGGAGAAGACAAGAGCCGCAAGGAGCGAGAGAACAAGUCUGAGAAGCAGGGAGGAGGAGGAGGAGGAGGAGGAGGAGGACACAAGCAACAGAAAGGAGGAGAGAAACCUCAACAAGUUCAAGACUCUGGAGCAAGUGGAGCAGGAAAUGGCCAGGGGCCAAAGAAACAGACACGGCUGGGACUGGAGGCAAAGAAAGAGGAAAACCUGGCUGAGUGGUACUCGCAGGUGAUCACCAAGGCUGAGAUGAUCGAGUAUUACGACGUCAGUGGCUGUUACGUGUUGAGGCCCUGGUCUUACUCUAUCUGGGAGGCUAUCAAAGAAUUCUUUGACCGGGAGAUCAAGAAGCUGGGUGUGGAGAACUGCUACUUCCCCAUGUUUGUCUCUCAGGCUGCCCUGGAGAAAGAGAAGACCCACAUUGCAGAUUUUGCUCCAGAGGUUGCUUGGGUGACAAGAUCAGGAAAGACAGAGCUGGCGGAGCCCAUCGCUGUGCGUCCCACUAGUGAGACAGUGAUGUAUCCUGCCUAUGCCAAGUGGGUUCAGUCACACAGAGACCUGCCAAUCAAACUCAACCAGUGGUGCAACGUCGUGCGUUGGGAGUUCAAACACCCCCAGCCCUUCCUGAGGACCAGAGAGUUCCUUUGGCAGGAGGGACACACAGCGUUUGCCACUAAAGAGGAAGCUGCAGAGGAGGUUCUGCAGAUUCUGGACCUGUAUGCUCGGGUGUACCAGGAGCUGAUGGCCAUCCCUGUGGUCAAGGGCAAGAAAACAGAGAAGGAGAAGUUUGCAGGAGGAGACUACACCACCACUGUGGAGGCUUACAUCUCAGCAAGCGGCAGAGCUAUUCAGGGUGCCACAUCUCAUCACCUGGGCCAGAACUUCUCCAAGAUGUUUGAGAUCGUCUUUGAGGACCCUAAGAAACCAGGUGAGAAGCAGCUAGCCUACCAGAACUCAUGGGGCAUCACCACGCGGACCAUCGGAGUCCUGACGAUGGUUCAUGGAGACAACAUGGGCCUGGUGCUGCCACCCAGAGUAGCAUGUCUACAGGUCGUCAUCAUUCCUUGUGGCAUCACAGCCACUCUCCCAGAAGCAGAGAAGGAGUUUCUGUUGGCCCAGUGCUCCAAAUAUCUUUCUAGACUACAGAAGGCCGACAUCAGAGUCAAGACAGACCUGCGUGAUAACUACUCACCUGGCUGGAAGUUCAAUCAUUGGGAGCUGAAGGGUGUGCCCAUAAGGUUGGAGGUUGGGCCAAAGGACUUACAACAGGGCCGGUUUGUAGCAGUAAGAAGAGACACGGGAGAAAAGCUCACUGUGCCAGAGGCUUAUGCUGAGAAGAAAAUCCUAAACCUUCUGGAAGAGAUCCAAAACAACCUCUUUAAACGGGCCUCUGAUGAUUUGCACAAACACAUGGUUGUGGCUGAUACAAUGGAGCAAUUCCAGAAAGAUCUGGACCAGGGAAGAAUUGUGCAGAUUCCCUUCUGUGGAGGCAUUGAGUGUGAGGACUGGAUUAAAAAGACAACAGCCAAGGAUCAAGACCUGGAGCCUGGUGCACCUUCAAUGGGAGCCAAGAGUCUGUGUAUCCCCUUCGAGCCCUUGAAGAAACUGCAGGCCGGUCAGAUGUGCGUCAGCGGCAAAGAGCCUGCGCAGUUCUACACGCUGUUUGGUCGCAGUUACUGAGACCGUUUUCCACCCCUAAAAUAAUGACUCUUCUUCUUGUCAAAUGCACUUGCGGAAUAACUCUAAGACAUCUGUCAUCUCCUCCAACCACGCAAAAUUUACUAUAUUUUAGAGGAAUCCCCUCUAUUUUUCUGGUCACGGGCUUACUAGCUGACACAUAGAGAGCUUUAGGCUGACAUUAGAUGUUCUAUGCGGGCCAUACUUAACGUUUGUGCAUUUUUGUCCUAAAUAACUGUCUGACAAUUGUAAUGAACUAAACAUUAUCUGUAAUAAAGGGAUUCUUAAUUUCUAUAA